AUGCCAUUUACCAUAAGAUGGAAUUUGAAUGAAAGGGUAAAUCAGACCGAAAGCACUUUAGUGCCGAAUGUUUUCAAAGCUUGGCUCAACUAUCGAUUCAACAGAAUUCAGGACAUGGCUUCAAAUAGUGUCACUUUCUGCGUAUCGCAGGAUUUGGACAUCCCAUUGAGCAUAAAGAUCAAGUCGCUCGAGGGACGAAAACGCUUGUCAAGGGCCUCUGAGAAGAUUUCACAACCGCAGCUUUCUCAAAUUGCAUCGAAUGUCGUUCCAAAUAGUGACAUGAUGGUAUCUGUACAGGUUUUUGAUAUUGAAAGUAAUAGAAAUCUGACAAUGCCAAUUUCAACGUCUUAUGUUCCAUUCAAAAAGUCACGGACUUGGGAUCAGUGGCUUACUUUGCCAGUUAGUUUGAACCAACUUAAUCUUUCAAGCAGAUUGCGAGUAGAACUGUGGGAGUAUGAUGGCACUAAAAAGAUACCUUUCCAUUUUCUCCAAACCACCAUUUUUAGAACUGAUAACUCUCUGAAAAGGGGACAAGAGUCCUUAAAAUUUGAAUAUAAUGAUCCCAAAAAUGGCUGUGUCCUUGAAGAUAAUGACGUUGUUGAUACUUUAAAUAAAUAUCAUCAAGGAGAUAUUAAGAAGAUAGAGUGGCUGGACUCCAUAACUUUCCCUUCAGUUGAAGAUAUUCUUGCAAAAAGAAGAUGGCCAAUUGGUACAUUUGUGAUAAAUAUUGAAUUCCCAGUAUUUGAAUUACCAGUGGUGUUCACAGAAAAACUAUAUGAUAACGUACAACUAAAUAUUCCUACACUACACAAUUUUGAACAAGGUACCGAAAUGACGGAUCAUUCGAAGACUGAAUCACGUCUUACCAUAUCGCUAGGCGAUAAAUAUGAAUCAACUUUGAAGUUCUACGAUCCUGACCAAUUUAGUAAUAAUCCAAUCGAGGAAAAAUAUCGAAGGCUUGAGCGGGCCUCCAAACGUUCCAACUUAGAUAGACAAGUGAAGCCUGAUACGAAAAAGAGAGAUUACCUAAAUAGAAUUAUCAAUUAUCCACCAGGGACUCAACUUACUGCACACGAGAAGGGCUCUAUAUGGAAGUAUAGAUAUUAUCUGAUGAACAAUAAAAAAGCGCUUACUAAAUUGCUUCAGAGCACCAAUUUAACAGAAGAAAACGAAAGAACCGAAGUCCUUGAUUUGAUGGAUUCCUGGGCAGAAAUUAGUAUAGAUGAUGCAAUCGAGUUACUCGGUUCCGCUUACAAAAAUAUCUCAGUUAGAGCUUACGCCGUUGGCAGGUUGAAGAAGGCUUCUGACAAAAAGCUGGAAUUAUACUUACUCCAGCUUGUUCAAGCUGUAUGUUUCGAGAGUCUGUCUACUUUCUCAGACAAAUCAAAUAGUGAAUUCACCAUUGUAGAUAUGGCAUCAUCUCAAAAUCCAGGUACAAUGAACUCAGUGGCUGUGGCAGGACAGCAUCAAAAAAUGAUAAAUUCUGUGAAUACAUCUGACGGAUUGAGUCUUGAGGAUAGCGCAAUCGUUAUUUCACCACUGGCAGAAUUCUUGAUUAGACGAGCGAUUAUAAAUCCACGAUUAGGAAACUUUUUCUACUGGUACAUGACGUCGGAAGCAGAAGAUAAUCCAUAUUUGAAUCAAAUUACAGACUCCUUUUGGAGCAGACUGUCGAAAGAACGUCGGAAGACUCUUCACGACCAAAUUACAUUCAUAGAAAUGCUGCGAGAGUUUUGUGAAGAAAUUAAAAGAUCAAAGGAUACAACUGCAAAAAAAAGUGAGCUCCUAUCUCAUCUUCUCACAACUAAAUUAAGGGUACUGCUAAAAAAUGGCCCCAUUUCUUUACCAAUAGAUCCUGAUAUUGUCGUAACCGAUGUUGUGCCCGAAAUGUCGAAAGUCUUCAAGAGUUCUCUAUCGCCUUUGAAAAUUGCGUUUAAAACCGGCACAAACGAAAUAUACCCCCUGAUGUACAAGGUUGGUGAUGAUUUGAGGCAAGAUCAGCUGGUUGUACAGAUUAUUAGUUUAAUGAAUGAACUGCUAAUGAACGAAAAUGUCGAUUUGAAACUUUCGCCCUACAAAAUUUUGGCAACUGGUUCUCAGGAGGGUGCUAUCCAGUUUAUUCCUAAUGAAACGCUGGCCAGCAUCUUGAGUGUUCAUCACGGGAUACUCCCCUUUCUCCGCUCUCAUUACUCGGAUGCAAAGGAGGAACUUGGUGUCGAAAGCUGGGUUAUGGACAAUUUCGUCAAGUCUUGCGCUGGGUACUGUGUCAUCACAUAUAUUCUGGGAGUUGGUGACAGACAUCUUGAUAAUUUGUUAAUCACUCCUGAUGGUCAUUUUUUUCACGCCGACUUCGGUUACAUCUUAGGACAAGAUCCUAAACCAUUUCCCCCCUUGAUGAAGUUACCUCCUCAAAUUAUAGAUGCAUUUGGUGGUGCAGAAUCCUCCAAUUAUAACAAGUUUCGAAGCUAUUGUUUUGUUGCAUAUUCUAUUCUAAGAAGAAAUGCCGGGCUAAUUCUGAAUCUGUUCGAAUUGAUGAAAACAUCAACCAUUCCUGAUAUUAGAAUAGAUCCAGACGGUGCAGUGUUGAAGGUCAAGGAGAGGUUCAACCUCAAUAUGUCUGAGGAAGAAGCUACACUACACUUUCAGAAUUUGAUCACAGACAGUGUCGGUGCUUUACUGCCGAUUGUUAUCGAUCAUCUGCAUAACCUCGCACAAUACUGGCGAGCUUAG